AUGAGCAGCUUAACCACCGCCAGCAUCCAACCCGUCAUCGCCCCCCUCACCCGAACAGCAAUCUUUCUCGUUUUAUCAAUCACAAACACCUCAGCCAUUCCAACCAUCCGCUCAACUCUCGCCAGCGUCUCAAGUCUAGCCAAAAAUGUCGCCUUUCGAGACUCCGACGCUAACUUGACCUGCACGGUGGGAAUCGGCAGCUCCGUCUGGGACGAACUCACCAACAACCUCCCGCGACCCAAAGAGCUCCACCCCUUUCGCGAAGUCAAGGGUGCCAAACACACCGCCAUCUCCACUCCGGGAGACCUCCUUUUUCACAUUCGCUCCGAACGCCGCGAUAUCUGUUUCGAGUUCGAGCGCCAGCUUAUAGACCACCUCGGUGACUCUGUGCAGCUCGUCGACGAAACAGUUGGGUUCCGCUACUUUGACAGCCGCGAUCUCCUCGGCUUUGUCGAUGGGACUGCGAACCCCGUGGGCCCGGGCAUUCUACCGUCUGUCCUUGUCACGAUGGAGGACGAUCCACACGCCCAGGAUGGCAGCUACAUUGUUGUACAGAAAUACGUUCACGACCUAGCUAGUUGGAAAACACUACCAUCAGAACAACAAGAGGAGAUCAUUGGGCGGACCAAGAUCGAUAAUAUUGAGCUUGACGACGCUGAGGACGGGAAGCAGGCCUCGCACAAGACGCUGAACACGAUUGAGGACGAAUACGGCGAUGAGCAUGAUAUUUUGCGCGAUAACAUGCCCUUUGGAUCCCCAGCGAGUGGAGAGUUUGGGACUUAUUUCAUUGGGUAUACCAGGCGGCUAUGGGUCAUUGAGAAGAUGCUUGAGCGGAUGUUCAAGGGGCAUCCGCCCGGGCUGCAUGAUCGGUUGCUGGAUUUUUCGAGGCCGUUGACAGGGAACGUUUUCUUUGCGCCGUCGGCUACGGUGUUGAAUGGGCUUGAUGGUUGA